AUGGUUGUUAUGUAUGCUAUUUAUCAUGGACUGGAAGUCCUUAAAACCAUUGCCCAAAGGGUUCAUGGUCUGGCUGAAACAUUUUCCACUGGACUGAAAAAACUUGGGACUUUAGAAGUCCAAGGUCUUCCUUUCUUUAAUAUUGUAAAGGUCAAGUUUGCUGACUCAAAAAUCAUUGUUGAUGCUGCUUAUAAGAAUGAAAUAAAUGUGCAGAUUGUGGACAAGAAUAUUGUGAUAUUCACUGCUGCAUCUCUUGUGUCAGAGGUUCAAACUAUGAUUCCUCCAGGGCUUGCUUCAAUCAAGGGAUCUCUCAUUGUGCCACAGUAUGAUUCCAUUGGGAUCUUGUACUAUGAAGUUGAACCAACAACUGAGAUGAUGCCAGUGACAUGGCCUGCCUUUGCAGACCUCCACCCGAAAAUAUUCAAAAACUUAGGUGAAUUGUUGUGUGUAAUUACUAGUUUUGAUUCAUUCUCUCUACAACCUAAUGCUGGUUCUGCUGGUGAGUAUGCCAGAUUGAUGGUCAUUCGUACAUAUCAUAUGUCGAGAGGAGAUCACCACCGUGAUAUAUGUAUUAUACUAGUCUCAGCACAUGGAACAAAUCCUGCAAGUGUUGCCUUGUCUAGGAUGAAAAUUGUUGAUGUUGGAACAGAUGCCAAGGUAAACAUUAACUUUGAAGAGUUACAGAAAGCUUCUGAAGCAAAUAAGGAAAAUCUAGCUACUCUUACGUGUUCUUGUGCUGCUGCUGCUAUUGAAUAA